AUGAUUUCAAAUCAAUUAACGACGACUAAAUAUUCGAAUUUUUCAUUAAAUGAUACUCAACACUUUUCUACUAAUCCAAAAAUUUUCUCAAUUAACACAAAUAUCAAAUCUAAUAUAAAUAAUAUAUCAGUAUCAACACAAAAUGAUGAUGAUGACUUAUCUCAAAUAAAUUCUAAUCAAUCAACAACACUUAUUUCAUGGAAUUUAUUUUCACGUUCAAAAUCUAUUAAUAAACAACAAGAAAAAACUAUUCUUAAUGAACAUAAUCCAAAUUUAAUUUUAAGAAAACAAAAUCUAUCUGAUCAAAUCUAUCAAUCAAAUUCAAAAUCUGAUUAUAUUGAUUGGACAAAUCCUCAAUUAAAUACAUCAUCUAUAGAAACAACAACAACAACAACAACAAUUAAUAAUCAAUUAGAUGCUAUAAAUUUUCUUCAAGAAUAUUUAGAUCAUGGAAAUAGUGAUGUUUUAAUUGAUUUACUUCAUGAAAUAGCACAAGAAAUAAAUAUUAAUCAAUCUACAUAUUCAGCUAUAAAUAAUAAUCAUCUUCAUUUAACACCAAUAUAUAAUUCAAAUCUUCAAUUAUCAAAUAAUAAAGAAAAAAAGAAUAAAAAAGAAAAAUCUAUUGAUAAAGAAAAAAAAGAUUCUCAUGAAAAUAAACAAAAAAAAGAUGAUAAAAAAAAAGACAAUGAUAAUGAAGCGAAAAAGAAAAAACCAAAAAAACACAAAGAUAAAACAAAACAAAUUGAAGAAACAACGACAACAACAACAACAACAACUGAUUCAGAUAAUGCUGUAGAUUCACCAGCUUUAAUCAAUCCAACACGUAUAAAUUUCAAUAAUCCGAAAUCACCAUCCUAUUCUCCAGUAGAAAUAAAUGGAUUUCAAUCUUUUUCUAUACCUGUACCACAGUCAGGUGGAUCAUCUACAAAUGGUCUUAUUACGCCUGAUCCAUCUAAUGUUCAUAUUCCACAACAAUCAAAUAGCAAGUAUCAAUAUUUAAUAGAUCGAUUGAUGAAUUUUUUUUUUUAUAAAAUAGUUGCACAUCUUUCUCAAGUUCAACAACAAUUACAAACAAAUCCUCAAAAUUCUGUUGUAGAUAAAACUACACAUCUACAUAAUAUGUCUGUACAACAACAAUUACAAUCAUUAUCACAAAUGGCACGUGAUGGUGAUGAAAUUUUGAUAACAUUAAGUGUUAAUGCAUUAACUCAAAAACAACAAAUAAAUAAUAAUAAUAAUAAUAAUAAUAAUCAAUAUUAUCAAACAUCUGUUCAGAAUAAUAAUCCUUAUUCUUCUUCACAAUCAUACAAUCAAAUGAUACCUCCAUCAACAAGAAUUAUGAUGCCACGUAAUCUUGAAAUUGUUGCAAAAGGCUUUGCUCGGGUACAAAAUGAACAUCCACAACCUCCACCAUCGAAUCCGUAUUUGCAACAACAACAACCACCUAUGAUGCAUUCAUAUAAUCAGUCGCCUUAUACAUUCGUUCAUCCACCUUUCGUACCUCGUUAUCCAAUGCCAUGUCAUUCGAGCAGUGGUCCUCCACAAGCACCUAUUGGACCACCUAUUCAACCUAUGUUUGCUCCACCUAAUAUGAUGAUAUCUGGUGGAUUUGUUCGACCACCUAAUUAUACUGACUUUAUGCCUGGUACGCGAAACAAUGUUGACACUUCUCAUAAUCUAUCCCAUAUAAAUAAUAGUAAGUGCGAUUAUUUAUGUCAAUCAUCAUUAAAUCAACCAGAUUUUCGUGGACGACCAUCUCCUGGUAUAAUAAUAAAUCCAUAUUAUUCUAAUCCAUCUUCAUCAAUGAAUUUUUCUGCUAAAAAAUCUUCUAAACAUAAAACAAAAAAUCAAUAUAAUCAACUACAUAAUAUAAAUUUCGAAAAUAUCAAUCGAACUUAUUCAUCUAUUUAUUAA